AUGUUCAAUCCAGGCUCCAUCUCGGUUUUAAUCUCUUUGGUCUUGGGAUUCGGCUUGGCAAUACCUUCCAACACUCUCAUUGUGAUCGUUAACCUGGAGAGCAUCAGAAAGAAAGGGAAGCUGAGUCCCUCCGAUGUGAUCUUUAUGGCUAAAGGAAUUGUGAAUAUUCUCCUCCAGGGUUUCAUGGCUUUCCAGGGAGUGACCUAUGUCACGUCAUCUGUCCUCCUCUACAGCAGAGAAGGAUAUGCAUUUGUUAUCUUAUCAAUCUACUUCCUCACAUAUUUCAGCUUUUGGCUGACUCUCUGGCUCUCCGUUUACUACUGUACCACUAUCACCAACCUCAGCUAUAGGUUCUUCAUCUGGUUAAAGAGAAUUGUGUCAAAUUUCCUGAGUCAAGUUCUUUUCCUGACAGCACUUGCGAUAUUCCCUGUGAGUUUUCUAAAUAUCUGGGUGUUCAAUGACGAAAGUCAAAUACAAUCUACAAAGAACAGUACAGAAGCUUCUAUUAUAAGGGUCCUUUAUAAUGGCAAUUACCCCUAUUUUGUGCCUGUGACCUUCCUGGGCUGCAUUCUGCCAUUCUGCCUUAGUCUUCUGUGUCUUCUUCUCACCUUCUCCUUCCUGGUCAGACACGUCUGGAGGGUGAAGAAUAAUGACUCCGGAUCCUCACGGCCAAAUCUUCAGGCUCACGUCACUGCACUGAGGACAAUCUUCUUCUUACUCCUCAUGUUCACCUCCUUCUCCAUAUCUCAGGUGCUUAUUUUCAUUAUAACUUCCCAAGAGACCGUAAUACAAACGGUCAGCUGGAAUUUACAAUUGUUAUCUCCAUUGGUUGAGGCUGCCGUCAUCUUCCAGGCCAGCAACAAGCUGAAGAGGAUCAUUCUGAGAAGAUUCUGGACCAGAAGCUGGAGGAACUCAGAGACUUGA